CUGCCAGCCCAUAAAUAUUGAUCUAUUUAAGCCUUUGAUUUUUUGACAUACACAUUAUUCUCAAGUUGUCAUACACCACCAUUCCAAUUCCUAGUUUUUUUUCUCUAAACAUCUUCAAAUUAAUUCACUACAAAAUAUGGCAUAUUUGGCAUCAGAAAACUUAGUAGAAAAUGAUAGCGCGUUUCUCAUGUCAUUUCUUGAUGAACCUUUGAUGGAAUAUUGCAACGAUGAGAAAUUAAAUUUUUUAAUUCAAUCUCUAGAAGCAGAGCUUGAAUAUCCCAAUAUUGAAGGGGAUUGUAUAUUUGAUGAUGAUAACGUUCAAAAUUUGGACUUUAUUGAUAAUUCGAGUUUGAAUUUCUACCAUUGUGAAGAUAACAUGUACAUUAGAUCCGUCCCCGAAGAUGGUGAAGAUAGCUCAGAGGAACUAGUUGAUGUGGAUGAUUUUAGUUGGAUGGAUACGGAGAUGUCAUCAUUAACUAGUCCUAGUAAUAACAACCUGAUUGAAUUUCAAAAUUUUAUAACAUGCAUUCCAAUUGAGGAUGAAGUAUAUGAUUCUCUAUGGCUACAAACUGACUUGUCAAUGGUAGAUAAUAUUAGCCAAUAGUAAUGAGAACCUGAGUUGAUUU